AUGCGUGACGAGAUAAUCGAGAACUAUUUUAGUCUCGGGCUUACUGCACCAGAAAUCGCAUUAUUUCUCGUAAGUGUACAUGGUAUCGGGAUCUCGUUAAGACAACUGAAAAGAAUACUCAGACGGUUGGGAUGUACAAGACGCCGGCGUCGAAGUUAUUUGAAUGAAGUGGUAGAAGCAGUCGAGGAGGAACUGAGGGGGAGUGGAAGCCUUCUCGGAUAUAGAAAAUGCAUCAAUCAGCACGGUCUUAUUACUACGCGGGAAGUCGUUCGACAUGUUUUGAGGGUUUUAAUCCUAAAGGGGUGA